AUGAACUAUAUUUUUAAUUCACAAAAUUCUCAACUAUCACAACCACUCUUCUCACAACUUAGUCAAAACACUUCUUCUCAAAAUACAAUACAAAUAACUGCUACAGUAAGACCUUCAUUACUUCUUGCAAGAAAUCAAUUAGAACAAAAACACAAAGAAAAAGAAGAAAGAAAACGCAUUAAGAAAGAGUUAUUGAAAGCAACUCUUAACCAAACUAUACAAAUGGCAAAAGAACUAAAGAAGAGGAGGAAGGCAUUAGAAAAAUUACAAACCAUUUGUCAAUCUAUAGGUGAAGAAAUGGUUUUGUCAUACAACGAACAAAGUUCUUUGUUAAUGAAAUUCUUUGAUGAAUUACAAUUAACUAUAGAUAAAGCAACAGAUAUUCCAAAGUAA